GAGAGAUCCUGAUCAAAAUUGGGCUUGUCGACCACGAAAACAAAUUGGAUCACAGAGAAUGGGAAAUCAUAUGGAAACAAAUGAAUCAUCUUACUCUCGAGGAACCUGCUGUGGGCGCAGCUUCCACCGGAGACGUGGCGGUAGCGAAAAAACUUCAUGGCGAAAUUCUCGGAAUAGUUUUUCUUGAAGUUGUGUGUGCAAGCGACCUUCCGGCGGCGAGAAAUGUGACCAAGUUGGGGUUUGAUAUGGAUCCAUUCGUGGUGGCUUCAUUCUCCAGGAACACAUUCCGUACGAAAGUCAUUAGUCACAAACUAAACCCCGUAUGGAACGAGAAAUUUAAUUUUCCUGUAAAAAAAAACGAAACAAAGUAUUCCAUUAAAUUUGUCGUUUAUGAUUGGGAUAAAUUCAGCGGAAAUGACCUGGUUGCUUCUCAAUCUCUUCCGAUUAAACAACUGUUGGAGAAAACUGAAGCACAUGAGGGAUUUGUGGAGGAGGAGCUUCCUCUUGUUUUACACAUUCAGGGAAAGUCGGGUGAAGAAUAUAACCCAAAGCUUACCAUAAAGUCGAAGUUCUUACCUUACGAGAAAUUAAGAUUCCAAUUUUGGAAGUCAUUGGCAAAGUUCUAUGAUUCCGAUGACAACGGAAAGUUGGAUUAUAUUGAGGUUGAGACGAUGUUGAGCAGCUUAGGUUCUUCUUUGACUAGCGAAACGUUGUCCUCGUUCUUUACCCGUUUUGGAAAAGCACCGCACAAAGAUGGGUUGGAAUUUGAGGAGUUGAUCUCGUGUUUGGAGGAGAGGUUAAAGAUUUCUCAAAAGAGUGCCACCGAAGAUGGUGAAGAGGCUGACAACGAGCAUAUUAUCUAUAUUAAGGAAUGUCCAAUCUGUCAUAAGCCGGGUCUUUCCGAAUACACCGAGACCGAUAUCAUUACUCACGUUGCGAUCUGUGCUAGUGAUGAUUUGGGAAAGGUUGAUUCGUUUGUGACAGGAGACUUUGUGACCGAAUCCCAGGCGCAAAGGAAGUGGGUGACGAAGAUCAUCACAAAAAUAGGAUUUGGUGGUUAUCAGAUUGGGGGAGACAGCGCGAAUAUUAUCGUGCAAGAUCGCAAGACUGGACAAUUGGUGGAGGAGAAGAUGGCGGCCUACGUCCGUCUGGGAAUUCGUCUCUUGUACAGAGCCAAAGGCUCUCACAUUGAUUCCAAAAGAGUCCAGAAUCUCCUGCGUUCCCUUUCCAUCAAGCAAGGCAAAAAAUUCGAUAAGUCCUCGUCCGCAAAAGACAUAGUCCCUUUCAUUAAAUUUCACGAUUUAGACACAAAAGAGAUUCUCGAUCCGCUGGAAUCCUUCAAGACCUUUAACGAAUUCUUUUAUCGCAAAUUGAAGCCGGGAGCGAGGCCGUGUGACUCACCUGACGAUCCACACGUUUUGGUUAGCCCAGCGGAUUGUAGAAUGAUGGCCUUUUCAACUUUUGAUAAUGCGACGAAACUUUGGAUAAAAGGACAAAAUUUCACCAUUGAUAAGCUGCUUAAUGAUGCAUCUGCUGCAAAGGAGUUUGAAGGUGGUUCUUUGGGUGACUUAAGUAGAUCUUUUCCAGUCCCGGGGGAGUAUUAUACCGUGAAUCCAAUGGCCAUUCGUUCCGAGCUCGACGUAUACGGUGAAAACAAGCGAAUUGUUUCUUACAUCCAAUCUCUUCAGUUUGGCAAAGUUGCAUAUGUAGCAAUUGGCGCCAUGAUGGUUGGCUCGAUUGUGCUGACGAGUGUUCCGUCCACGCAUGUGAAAAGAACCGACGAACACGGUGGCAGCACGGUCGUCCUUCUUUUCCAGAGGGGAAGGAUGUUGUGGGACGAAGAUAUCUUGGAAAAUUCUGGAACAUGCAUGGAAACCUUGUUCUUAAGUUUAUAUGAUCGCGAAAUUAAUAUAUGGAGUCGUUUCAUCAAUAAUCACGUCCUUAGUAAGGAUUAUAUCUUACAGAUUUAUGUGGUGAACUCGGUGGACGCGCGUACCCAUGCUGCUUUAAGAAUAGCCCGCACUUAUUACCUUCAAGAAGAUAAAAUGAUUGGAUAUUGGAAUGGCAUGAAAAAAAAAAGUCAAAAGUUGCGUUGCAAUCUCAGAAGCAAGUCUACUAACAAAGUUUUUGUCCCUCCGGCCCUCUCCAACAAGGUGUAUUGCGGGUACCGCAGUUGUGACAUGCGAAUUCUGGUUCGGGUCGUUGGGUCCGCAUGA